CAACCUGAAACGACCCAUAUCCGAUUUGUUGUGAAAUCCGAUUUUUUUGUUAGGCCGUUCACAUUACCAAUUAUAUGAGAGUUGUAUGCGAUCUCCAAUAUGAACGGAAAAUGACCCAAAAGUGUCCCGCAUGCGCAGAUUGACACGUAAUAAGCACAUCUACGUAAUACGUAAACAAAAAAAAAAAGCGCACUCUUCAAGUUUGCAAGUAAAGCAUGGAGAUGAGGCGAGACCUGGCGAUGUGGUUUUUGUGGCGGUGGCGGAACUCACACAAUAAUCUGAUUAAUGUGGGCAGCAGACUAAUGAGACCAAAGGUGUCAAAUUACUGGAAAUUUCCAGAACAAUCUUAUAAUCUUGUAAUACAGGAUGGUUUAACAUCCAGGUCCCUACCAAAUCCACCAUUAGCUUCAGUGCUUAAUUUGUAAAGUGGGAGGUCCCGGAGCACAGAGGAUGACUGGCUCCGGUGCGAAAAAAAGAAGGGGGGGGGGCGCUUCUGGGCAUGUAUUGUAAUAACACUGCAAAUUAAGUUCAUCUGCGAAAAACCCCGCUCACACUCUGCACUUGAGAUAGGGACAGUGUUGAUCGCGGCCAAGAGGCCCUUCAGUUCAUCUGGGAUGAAUUCUCCAUUACUUUCCCUGAAUUCCCUGAUGACAUGUGGUGGGUCAUUGAUGCAAAACUGCUGGCAGAGCACUUCCACUUCUUUUUCCGCGAACAGCGCAUCUUCCUCCCGCGGCCACGGAAGUGUGCACCGUCCUUUUCCGUAAUAUACAAACAGAUAUUUUGUGGAUGUCGUUUCAUGAGAGAAAUCACCAACAAGACAGAUAUCAAAAUCAGACAUUAACACUAAAUAAACUUGCAUUUAUUUAUUUAAUUAUUAUUUUUUUAUUUUGUUACAUAGUCAAGAGAGGUGGCGGAUCACCGGAUCCAGUGUAAAUAGCUGCCGGAGCCAACGUCCGAGGUUCCGGAGCGCGCUCCAGCUUGCUCCCCCUCAAAUUAAGCCCUGAUUAGCUUGAUCAAUUCUAUAAAAGUCUAUUUAAAUUCUGAAAACUGUACAAAUGUUGUUGUUUUCCACCAAAGAGGCGGGAUUAGCCAACACAGAAUAGUGACGUUUGUCUCUUGUUGAUGACGUGUAGGUCGCAUGAAUGCGACCUGUCCGGUCAGACUGCAGUCGCAUGUGAAAAUAACGGAUAUGCAUCGGAAUUAGGACCACAUAUCCAAGCGGCCUGGGUCGCAUGGGAAAAAAUCGGAUCUGUGUCGUUCAGAUCGUCAAUAACAAAUCGGAUACAGGUCGCAUAUGGGCAAAAAAAUCGGAUAUGGGUCGUUUCAGGGUGCAGUCUGAAUGUAGUCGAAGAAACCUUUAUUUAUCACAUGCACACUUCAAGCACAGUGAAAUUCAUCCUCUGCAUUUAACCUAUCUGAAGCAGUGAACACACACACACGCACACCCAGAGCAGUGGGCAGCUACACUAGAGCGCCUGGGGAGCAGUCAGGGGGUUAAGUACCUUGCUCAAGGGCACUUCAGCCCAAGGCCGCCCCACGUCAACCUAACUUUGGGGGAAACUGGAGCACCUGGAGGAAACCCAUGCAGACACGGGGAGAACAUGCAAACUCCACACAGAAAGGCCCUCACCGGCGGCUGGAUUCGAACCCGGACCCUUCUUGCUGUGAGGCGACCGUGCUAACCACUACACCACCGUGCCGCUAUUAGUGCACCAUCAUUGUCUUUGGCAUAUCGAACUUCAAGUGCCGCAGAAAUAAUGCUCUUUCUUGGUGAGAGAGCAGGUGUUCGUCUCCCACUUGAGGUCCUGAGUGAUUAUAGUGCCCCGGAAGUGGAAAUCCUGUGACCACAGAUGUGACUGGGGAGUCAAACAGGGUGAUGGGGGAGGGUGUGGCAGAGCUCCUCGUGAAAUCUACAAUCCUCUCUGCCGUCUUUAGAGCAUUGAGCUCUGAGUUGUUUUGCCUGCACCAUUACACCAGAUGGUCAAUCUCCCACCUGUAGGCAGACUCCUCCUUAUCAGAGAUGAGUCCAAUGAGGGUGGUGUUGUCUAAGAACUUUAGGAGCUCAACAGACUGAUGAGUGGAGGUGCAGCUGUUGGUGUCAAAAGGACGGUACCUCAGGGGGAUCCGGUUCCCCCGGAUUAAUGUUCUGCUUCCUGUCAGACAGGAAAUCAGUGAUCCACCUGCAAGUGGAGUGAGGCACGCUCAGCUGGGAGAGCUUGUUCUGCAGAAGAGCUGGGAUGAUAGAGUUGAAGGCAGAACUGAAAUCCACAAACAGGACUCCAUCAUAGGUUCUUUGGGAGUCUAGGUGUUGGAGGUUGAAAUGAAGGGCCGUGUUGAUAGCAGUUCGUCUGUAGACGAACUGCAUGGGGUCCAGGAGUGGGUCAGUGAUGGCUUUGAGGUGGUAAAAUGCAAGGCGCUUGAAGGAUUGCAUAACCACAGAAGUCAGGGCGAUGGGUCUGUAGUCAUUUAAUUCUGUGAUCCUUGGCUUUUUGGGGACAGGGAUAAUGGUGGAGGCCUUGAAGCAGGCUGGCACAUGGCAUGCCUCCAGUGAGGUGUUGAAGAUGUCUUUAAACACCGGAGACAGCUGAUCAGCACAGUGCUUCAGGAUAAAUGAUGAGAGAGUCGGGACCUGCUGCUUUGCGGGGGUUCAGCUUCUUAAAAAGCUUGUUGACAUCCCUGUCCAGAAUGGAGAGAGUUGAGGCUGUGGUGGUGGGUGGAUGGGCCUCCAGAGUGAGAGGUUGUAGAGAAGCCCCAGCAGCGGAGGAUGUGGUGAGCUGGAGUGUGGAGUCAUGGGGGAUGUUAUCAGGACAGUCCCAUUUGUCUUUCAAAGCAACAGUAGAACUUCUUCAGUUUGUUGGCCAUGUGCAAGUUGUUAACAGAGUUGGGGGGCUGAAGGUUUGUAGUUAGUGAUCUGUCUGAGCUCUUUCCAGACAGAUGUAGAGUUGCUGGCUGAGAACUGGUGUUGGAGUUUCUCAGUGUACAGUCAUUUAGCUUCUCUCACCACCUUGUUAAACCUGUUCCUGUCCCCACUUCUGAACACUUCUUCCUUUUGCACCCUUAUCUGUGAACUAGGGUUUGUCAUUAUUGUAACUCGCUCUAGUUCAUGAUUGAAUGCAGCAUUCCUCACAGAGGCUGAUGUAGGAUGUCGCAGCCUCUGUGUACUCAUCUGGACUAUUGGUAGCAGUCCUGAACACAUCCCAGUUUGUACAGUCCAAACACGCCUGAAGGUUCUCCACAGCCUCAUUGCUCCACAUCUUUGAUACUCUCACUACAGGUUUCCUCAGCUUUGAUUUCUGCCUGUAUGCAGGAAUCAGGUGGACCAUGACAUGGUCAUAGUGGCCCAGUGCAGCGUGGGGGACGGCGUGUAACGGUCUGGCUCGAGACCAUCAAAAAUAGAGGAGAACACAGAAUUAAGUUUCAGAAACUCAAGAAUUUAUUCAAUAAAUGGAUCAAAAAUAAGAUGUAAAGCAUAAUUCAAACAAAUGUCCAUAUAAACAGUCAGUAAUCAGUAGUUAUAUUCAAAGAGUGGAUGCGUGAAAGUAUGAUGUUGAGGCAUAAAAAAUACAGGCAACCGAAAGGACAAAUGCCUACCACCUGUCCAUCCUCUCCACCCAAGUAGGUCUAAAAGAGAAGAAUAUAAAGAAAACAAAGACAGGUGAACACAAUCCCAGGUAACUACCCAUUUAAAGGGCCAGCACCCCAACAAGCUGACCACCCUGAGGCUGUCACAUGGCGUGAUAGGCAUUGUUGACUGUAAUGUAGCAGUGAUCCAAAAUAUUCUCAUCUCUGGCCAGGCAUUUAAUAGACUGUUUGUUUGUAUUUGGGUAGUUCGUGGCUGAGGUUACCUUUGUUAAAGUUCUCGAGGGUAAUAAGUAGGGAGUCUAGGUUAGUCUGCUCCACACCCAGUGUGUGAUCGGCCAGCAUGCGCUGUGUGUUCUGCAUGUUGGCUUGUGGUGGGGUGUAAACACCGACCAGAAUGAGUGAUGCGAACUCAUGGGGGGAGUAGAAGGGUUUACAAUUAAUGAAAAAUGAUUCCAGGUUAGUGAGAGUUUGACUCCCUACUCACAUCUGUAUUGCAGCGUGCCUUGCCAGAUGGCAGGAGGUACCAUUUUUAUGAUGGUCUUUGGUAUGACCCAAGCACAAGUAGAACUUGCGAUCUCCUGGUCGAGAGGCAGACACACUAACCACUAGGCCAGCUUGCAGUAAAACUCUUGCAGUUACCAGAGGACUAGCCCCCCACUGUAACCCUAGCUAUAUAAUAGGCAAGAGGCUGAGGGUUAUAGAAAUGGAGAUUGGCGCCACACCCAUGUGCCUCAAGAGCUGGUUAGGACUGGGACCGGAGACUGUCUGGGAAGACCAGAUCCUGGUGUGAGAGGGACUUUGACUUUUUUUGAUUCCAGGUCAGUAGAAGAGUACUGCAGGAUCACCGCACCAGUCGCUGUUCACAUAAAGGUUGGAGGAAUCUGUUUUUGUUUUACCGGAGAAAUCCAUGUUAUGGUCCGCUCUGAAGCCGGCCAGCUGCAGCGCAGAGUCCGGUAUGAGUCCUCAUAGUCACGUCUCUGUGAAGCAUAAAAUAGAUGUAGGAAAGUCCCUGUUUCUCCCUGUCAGCAGCUGGAGUACAGUGAGUGCACAUUGGAGAGAAAUAUCGCAGAUAACAGAGUGCAAAGUCUGCACCGAUGGAGGCACACGAACGCACCAGCGUGUUUCCCCCUCCUCCGGUGUCUCACUGAGUGAGCAAAGGAAGUGUGCAUCACAGGCUGACGUUUCAGUUGUCUAUCGAUGGGGAAGAAGCGAGCCAAAGACCGAGGCAGGAGUCCUAAAAAGGACAGCUCUGAAGACCUGACUGGUGGGAUGUGUACGCACAAGCGUAAAGGAACAGACUUGAGCUGGCUGAGGAAGGUGACCCUGGACAAGAGCUGGAACUUGUGUGAGGCGUGCGAGCAGGAGAAAGAAACAGAGUCUGAGAACGAAGACGGACGAGACGCGUCAGCGAUAUGGAUGUGUCUCAAAUGCGGACACAGAGGUUGUGGGAGGCUCUCGGAGAACCAACACGCCGUUAAACACUAUGAGACGCCGCGUUCAGAUCCACAUUGUCUGGUGCUCAGCCUGGACGACUGGAGUGUGUGGUGUUACAUCUGCGAUGGAUAUAUCUACUACUCCAGCACGGGACAACUGGCUCAGCUCGUCGCCGGUAUCAAGAAACAAAUGUUGGGGGAAUCCACACACAAAACUGCUACUAGGAAAGCGAAGGAAGAGAAGAACUCUUCAGGUGAUGCCAUGCAGGAAAACGAGGCUGAAGAAGAGCCGAAAGAAAACGAGAAGUGCGUGAAGCAAAACGGCCAAGAAACACAAUCCAGUACCGUACCCGUGAGAGGCCUCAGCAACCUCGGCAAUACGUGUUUCUUCAACGCUGUGCUGCAGAAUCUGUCGCAGACUUGGCUGUUGCGUCAACUCCUCAGUGAUUUCAGGGAUGAAGAAAAGAGCGUGUUGAUCACGCCAUCAUCCUCUGAACUGGAUCCUUUGCAGGUGCGGUUACCGAGACCCGGUUCUCUCACGCUGGCUAUGUGUCAGCUGCUCAAUGAAAUCCAGGGGACCAAAAAAGGCGUGGUGACGCCACACGAGCUCUUCGCACAAGUGUGUAAAAAGGCAGCAAGAUUUAAAGGCUUCCAGCAGCAAGACAGUCAGGAGCUCCUGCGCUACCUGCUGGAUGGAAUGAGAACCGAGGAGAGCAAUAGAGUAACUGUUGGAAUCUUGAAUGCGCUGAAAUGUUUGGGCAAAACCUCCGAGCCAGAGCAAAAGAACUUAGUAAAAGAGUAUGAAAGCAACACUGGGGCGAAGAGUUUUGUUGAACGUGUGUUUGGCGGAGAGUUGACCAGCACUGUGAUGUGUACGGAGUGCGAGACAGUUUCCGUGGUUACCGAGAUGUUUCUCGACCUCUCGCUACCUGUGGCUGAUGAGGCUUACAGGAAAAGGAAGGGUGGCGUUCAGCAGAAGAAGAGCGAAAGCAUGGAAAGUAGGCGGAGUAUUGAGACUCCAUUGACCAAUGGGGAUGAAAGUGUGCCGACAGGCACAGGAAGCAAGUACCAGCAAAAGAAAGCCAAGAAGCAGGCAAAGAAACAGGCUAAGAACCAGCGGCGUCAGCAAAGGCAAGGCACAAAGCUCAGGCUGGAUUCGCUGACCAAUCAGAACCAAGAUGCUUUCCUGGAAGCCCCACCUCUGAGCACAAAUGAACAGCCGGAAGCUGAAACUGAAGGCGGAGCAGACAAGCUCAUUGUCCAAUCAGAGCCUGCGGAACAGAAUGAGGAAAUACCUGCUAAUGAAGAGGUAGAAGAUGAUGAUGAUGAUGAUGAUGAAGGAAGUGAAGUACAGAACUCCGCCUCAAAUAGAUUCAUCAGCCUAUCAGAAGAUGGACCAGAAAAACAGGAAGUGGAAGAGGAAAAUGAGCACAAAGUGGCAGAGCUAACCAAGAGGGUAACAGCGCUGUCGAUCUCCGAGGAACACCAAACUAAAGAGAUGGAGCUUGAGGUGGUAUCAGGGGCGGAGUCGGAGCCAGAAUUGAGGGCAGAGCCAGGGUUUGUGGUGGUCAAUGUGGACCCGAAGACUGCGUUCUCAACCCUGUCCAGCAGGGCGGCGCUGAACGCCUCGGAGAGCUCAGUGGAGUCGAGUCUGCAUCAGUUCACACAGGUGGAGCAGCUGACACACGCCAACAGCCUGCUGUGUGUGACCUGCAGCCAGAGAGCCGCACACGGUGGUAAGAAGAAGGUGUACACAGAGGGGAUGAAGCAGAUGCUGAUCUCGUCCCCUCCUCCUGUACUCACUCUGCACCUGAAGAGGUUCCAACAGGUGGGUUACAGCAUCUGUAAAGUCAACAGGCAUGUACAGUUUCCUCAAGUACUAGACGUCGGCCCGUUCUGUUCUGCCAAAUGCAAGGGGGUGGAGGAAGGACAGACGCAGCUCCUCUACUCUCUGUAUGGUGUUGUGGAGCACAGCGGAACCAUGCGCUCAGGUCAUUACACAGCGUUCGUUAAAGCCCGACCUCACACACACGCUAGCAGCGGUUUGCUAAACGGAACAGCAGGUGACAAGACGCCCCCUAAAGGCUCCUGGUUCCACAUCAGCGACAGCAACGUGCAGCCCGUCACAGAGACCCGAGUGCAGACUUCCCAAGCCUACCUGCUCUUCUACGAGAAGAUCUCUUAAGUCCAACACUCUCAUGAAGCGCCGCAUCAUCGAGGAAGGACAAGACUGUUCUUAGAGAACUGCUGCUUUCUAACAGGUCAAACGAUUUCUGUCUGAUCAUAGCUGCCAGCGAUGAACUGGAAUUCACUUCACUGUGCUGCUGAAUAAAGGAGUGUUCAGAUAGUAAAAGGGCUUUCUGUGGAGUUUGGGAAUUUUACAUUGAAUGCAACACAAUCACAAAUUCACAAGCAAAUCUGUAAGCAAGUACACGCCAAAUGUGAAUCGUUAUGCACUCUGGUCUGUAUGGGUUAUUGGUGUAGGGGUUUUUGUUUGUUUGUUUGUUUUUAAAUACUAGCGUAAGUAAUAUACAUGCUUAGUUUUAACAACUGGAAGUAUUCCCUGGGUAUAAUAAUUUUAUUUUUAUGUGGUUUGAAUUUUUGUUUGUUUUUAGCUCCGCCUCUUCAAUUAACAAACACCCUUGUGUUACAUCUGAUUCCUUUUGACAGGGAAUUCUGUAUAACUCCAGAUGAUGCUGUAUCUGACAGAAUCAUGCAGCAGUAGUGUGCAAUAAGUGGAGAAAAAACAAGAGCAAGAACACCUGACAUACCGAAAUAUGAUUGAGUUGACUGAUUUUUAUUUUUUACAGAAUAUUUAACUUCCUGCAAAUUUAUGAUCGGAAUAAUUGAUUAAUAAAAAAGAUUCAAUGCACUGCGUCAUUAUCUUGUCUUUAA